AUGUUUCGUUCUGUCCAGCGUGUGCUGAGGUCGUCUGGGCGGGUAGGCUUCUACCCCGUCCGUGUGCCGUUGAGAUACGCGUCAAAAGUGCAACAGACGCGCGCUGUCAUCCAGCAAGCUCCACCACUGCCGCCACCAACCGCUGCUCCGUUGAAGAUCACACUGCGGGAGUACCAGGAGGACUGCAUCCAAGCAGUGCUCUCAUACAUCGAUGCAGGUCAUAAACGGCUUGGCGUGUCUCUAGCUACAGGUGCUGGGAAGACAGUCAUCUUCACCCAUCUCAUCGACCGCGUCACUGCCGUUGGCGAUGCCACCCAGACGCUCAUCCUCGCCCAUCGCCGCGAGCUGGUCGAACAAGCGGCCCGCCACUGUACCCGUGCCUAUCCAGACAAGCAUGUGGAUAUUGAACUGGGAAACCAACAGGCUUCCGGUGCUGCCGACAUAACAGUCGCCUCAAUCCAGAGCAUCACGUCUGGAGACAGGCUGCAAAAGUUUGACCCUUCAAGGUACAAGCUGGUGCUCGUAGAUGAAGCGCACCAUAUUGUUAGCCAAAAGUAUCUUGAUAUGCUAGAGCAUUUCGGGUUGAGGCAUAGUACGGAUUGGAACACGGUGCAGGUUCCUGCUUUGGUUGGCGUGUCAGCCACCUUCUCGCGCUUUGAUGGAAAAAGGCUUGGGUCUGUUAUUGAUCACAUCGUUUACCACCGUGACUACGUUGAUAUGAUAGAGGAAAACUGGCUUUCUGACGUCGUGUUUACCACUGUUGAGAUGAAAGCCGACCUCACUAAGGUGGGUGCCAGCGUCAAUGGCGAUUUCCAAAGCGCAGCUCUUUCCCGGGUUAUCAAUACCGACGAGACAAAUGAGCUUGUUAUCAAGUCAUGGCUAGCAAAGGCAAAGGGCCGCACUUCAACCCUCAUUUUCUGUGUCGAUUUGAGCCACGUCACCAACCUCACUGCAAGAUUCCGAGAAUAUGGCAUCAACGCCCAGUUCGUGACAGGCGAUACGCCAGCAAAGAUUCGCAGCGCGAGGAUUGAUGCUUUCCGUAACGAAGAAUUUCCUGUGCUGCUGAAUUGCGGAGUGUUUACUGAAGGCACCGACAUCCCAAACAUCGAUUGUGUUCUUCUGGCCCGUCCGACCAAGUCCCGUAACAUGCUCGUGCAGAUGAUCGGACGAGGCAUGCGUCUCCACAAAGGCAAGGAAAAUUGCCAUAUUAUCGACAUGGUCGCUGCAUUGAGCAGUGGAGUUGUCUCGACGCCGACUCUUUUUGGUCUGGACCCGGCGGAGAUGGUUGAGAAGGCAGACACGAAGACCUUAAUAGCUCUGAAAGAGAGGAAGGAGUUCGAAAAGCAACGAGAGGAAGAAGCUGCCGAAAUUAGAAAUAGGACCAUCAUCACUAAGUUGCCUGGAUCUGUCACUUUCACAGAUUACGACUCCAUCCACGAUCUCAUUGCGGACACAACUGGAGACAAGUAUAUUCGCAACCUCAGCCCGUAUGCGUGGGUUGGUAUUGGAGAAGGAAAGUUUGUCCUCUCAACCAACAGCGGGAAUUACCUUAUCAUUGAGCCUUCUGGAGAUGAGGAAGGCAUGUUCAGAGCUAAAUACUAUUGGAAGAUACCAGCAGACAAAAGAGUCAAAAACCCAUAUGGCACUCCUCGUGUUGUUGCUGAAGGGGAAUCGUUUGAACACAUUGUUCACGCGGCUGAUACAUACGCUCAAGACAAAUUUGAACAUAUCUGGAUUGCGAAAAAUCAGCCUUGGCGUCGGAGUCCUGCAUCACAGGCACAGGUUGACUUUUUGAACAAGUUCCGACCAAAGGAAGAUAUAUUGAAGCCGAGGGAUGUUACCAAAGGCAAAGCGGGUGAUAUGAUCACCAGACUGAAACACGGAGUGAAGGGUCGAUUUGACAAGGCUAGUUCGAAACAGAAAGGCGAAAACCGCUUGAAGAACCGCGCAGAGACUGUUCGCCAGCGUCUUCAAGGUCAAGUCAAAGUUGGGCCUCUGGAGCAAACCCAGUAG